AUGAGAUUGUCAAGUGCCUUUCUUUUUCUAAGCGGCGCUCAGGCAUUCAUCCCUGGGUUGAAUGGAAGAAGCCCUAUUCAGAAACUUCAGAGCAUGGCCGGAGACGUUGGCAUUCCUUGCGAAGACGAAUGUGCUCUAGAGAGCUUCCCAAAUUUGCCACCUAGCGUUCACCCUGGAGUCCUGAGCGGUCAAGCAAUGAUGGAUCUUUUGGACCAUGCCAAGCAAAAUGGCUAUGCCAUUCCUGCUGUGAACUGCGUCUCUUCCUCUGGUAUCAACGCGUGCCUCGAAGCAGCCCGCAAGAACGAUGCACCCAUCAUCAUUCAAUUCUCUUCUGGAGGUUCCCAAUUUUACGGAGGAAAGGGUCUUGACAACAGCAACUACAGAGCUGCCAUUGCCGGAGCUGUUUCGGGUGCUUUCCAUGUUCGCACCAUGGCAGAACAAUACGGUGUUCCAGUGAUUCUCCACACCGAUCACUGCUCCAAGCAGUUGCUUCCAUGGGUAGAUGGAUUGAUUGCAGCAUCAGAGCGUUAUUUCGAAACUCAUGGCGAACCCCUCUUCUCGUCUCACAUGAUUGAUCUCUCAGAGGAGCCUAUCGAAGAGAACAUCGAGAUCUGCAAGGAUUACUUGAAACGAAUGGACAAAGUCGGUCUCUUGUUGGAGAUGGAACUUGGAAUCACUGGAGGAGAAGAAGACGGUGUUGACAACACUGACAGGCCAGUCGAAGACCUCUACUCUAAACCGGAAGAAAUCUAUCAGACAUAUGACGAGCUCAAGUCUGUUAGCGACAUGUUCACCGUCGCUGCUGCUUUCGGAAAUGUUCAUGGUGUGUACAAGCCAGGAAAUGUAAAGCUUGAACCCGAAAUAUUGAAUAACGCCCAAGCGUACAUUUGCGACAAGCUUGGCGAUGCUGCCCCAGAGAAUAAGCUUCCUGUCUCGUUCGUAUUUCAUGGUGGUUCUGGUUCUGACGUUGCCGACAUUCAAAGAUCGCUUGGUUAUGGUGUGAUCAAGAUGAAUAUUGAUACGGACACUCAGUGGAGCUACUGGGAGGGAAUCAAGAUAUUUGAAAGCAAGUACCAUGAUUACUUGCAAGGACAAAUUGGCAACCCAGAAGGAGAGGACAAGCCUAACAAGAAGUACUAUGAUCCACGUGAAUGCUUGCGUGCUGGGGAAGUGAACACCGUCAAGCGACUGGAGCAAUCUUAUGCUGAUUUGAAGUGCCAAAACAUCUUGGGUCUUGGAAUGGCGACUGAAGCUAAGAACGUUCUUGGUCCUCGCAGAGGAGGCCUCCCCGUGUGA